AUGUCGUGGAUAUUCAAUCGAGGCACCGGCGGCGGCAACUCUCAGUCGCCAGUCGCAUCUCCUGCUGCAGCCGCACGAUCCCCCACAACCGGGCUAAGAUCACCCAUGCCGUCAAUACCCAGACAAUCGAAUCCAUCGGCAACACCCACGCAACCCACUCCUGCUACUCUCUCCCCGUUACCUCAAUCCCGAGACGCCGGAUCCCCGGUCGCCGCGUCGAUCCCCGAUCCGCUGACGUCACGCGCGAUUCGUCUGGUGUACAAGGAUGACCAAGGCGUGUUUCUAAUGGAUCCCGAAGCCGUGAGCGCGCUGCGGCGACUGCGAGGACCCCUCGGGGUUGUCGCGGUGUGCGGAAGGGCGAGGCAGGGAAAGAGCUUCAUACUGAAUCAGCUGCUGGGUCGCAGCAGCGGGUUCACUGUAGGCCCGACACACCGGCCGUGCACCAAGGGGCUGUGGAUCUGGAGUUCGCCGGUGAAGGUGACGGCACCUGACGGAUCGUCGUACCACCUGCUGCUGCUGGACUCAGAGGGCAUCGACGCGUACGAUCAAACGUGCCCAUCCCCAGCAUCCCACAAUCUUCCUCCCCACGGUCCUUCUGAAUUACCGCAUGUGCAGGGCACGUACAGCACGCAGAUUUUCUCGCUGGCGGUGCUGCUGUCAUCGCUGUUCGUGUACAACCAGAUGGGCGGCAUCGACGAGUCGUCUCUGGACCGCCUCUCCAUGGUCACGGAGAUGGCCAAGCACAUCCAAGUGCGCGCCAACACCGCAGGAGCAGCAGGAGGACCAGGGGCGGGUGCUGCUGCUGGGUCAUCUUCUGCCACGCAGGAGCUGGGGCUCUUUUCGCCUGUAUUCUUCUGGCUGCUGAGGGACUUCUACUUUGACCUCACGGAGGAUGGCCGCGUGAUUACCCCGCGGGACUAUCUGGAGACGGCGCUGCAGUCCAUGGCGGAGGGCUCUGAGUCUGCAAGGGCUAAGAACCAGUCCAUGGCAGAGGGCUCUUUGUCUGCACGCGGCAAGAACCAGAUUCGCGAAUCCAUUCGCUCGCUGUUCCCCGAUCGCGACUGCUUCGCUCUCGUUCGCCCCAUCAGCAACGAGCGCCUGUUGCAGAAGCUCGACCACCUGCCGAUGGACCAGCUACGCCCCGAGUUUAAGCAGGGACUUGACGCCUUUACCCAGGCAGUUUUUGCGCGUGCUCGCCCAAAGAGGGUGGGCGGCACAGUCAUGACGGGCCCGAUGCUGGCAGGGCUGACUCAGACGUAUAUCCAGGCACUCAAUAACGGAGCUGUUCCCACCAUACUCAACUCCUGGCUGUGCCUUCGCCUCCUUAUCGCUCCCCUCACCAAUCCCACCUCUGCCUUGCUUCCUCUCACUCUUCCUCACCCGUCUUCUCUCCUCCUUCCUCUUUCCCCUGCCAGUUCUGGUUCCAACAGAGUGUGGAGGAAACAGAGUGUGGAGGAAACAGACUUGCUCGGUAUCUCACUCUUCUCUCACUCCCUCCUCUCACUCCCUCCUCUCACUCCCUCCUCUCACUCCCUCCUCUCACUCCCUCCUCUCACUCCCUCCUCUCACUCCCUCCUCUCACUCCCUCCUCUCACUCCCUCCCCUCACUCCCUUUCCUCGCUCCCUCCCCUCGCUCCCUCCUCUCACUCCUUCCUCUCACUCCCUUUCCAGGACGACCUGAGAGCACACCACAGGGCAGCACUGCAAGCAGCAGAGGCGGCGUUCAGAGAGGAGGCGGUGGGGGAGGGGCAGGCCCGGCACAAGUACGAGGAGAAGCUGCGGGAGGAGGCCGGGAAGAGGUUUGAGGACGUGUUGAAGCGAGUGGCAGCAGAGGCGGAGGUGAGGUGCAAGCGGUACCUGGAUGCCCUACAGGCGAAGGUCAAGGGGCUCGCCAGGGGGCCUCCCCGGGCGGCGACUGCUGACGUGGUGCGUGCGCUGAUUGCUGAGCUGGCGGCGUACGAGUCUUCCAUGUCGGGCGUUGCCAAGUGGCGCUGCUUGUCAGCGUUCCUUGUCGCCAGCAUGCGCGGGCUUGUUUUGGACUCAGCUGAAAAGGAGGUUGCUGAAGCGAGGCAGCAAGCCGCGUCUGCACUCAAGGACAAGCAGGCUGCCGAGGCUCGGGCCUCCGCCGAAGCUGCGGCCGCGGCUCGGGAGGCCGCCACAGCUGAGGACUGGAAGAAACGGGUGGCAGCCGUGGAAGGACAGCUGGCAGACGCUAAUAGGCUGGUUGGGGAAGGGAGGGAGGAGAGGGAGAGGAUGAGGAAGGAGAUGGAGGAGGGGAGGAGGAGGGCGGAGGAGCGAGAGAGGGAGUGUGUGGACUUGAGAAAGGAGGUGGAGAGAGUGAGGGAGGGAGGGGAGAAGGAGGUGAGGAGGGUGAGUGGGGAGGUUGAGAGGGUGAAGGGGCAGCUUGAGGAGGCGAAGAGGAGGGUGGGGGAGGAACAAGGUGAGAAGGUGAAGUGGAGGGGAAUGUAUGAGAAGGAGGUGGGGGAGGGGAAGAGGGAGGUGGAGAAGGUGGUUGGGGAGAGGGAGGGGCUGCGAGGGGAGGUGGAGAGGGAGCGGCAGAAGAGGCAGGCUGAAGUGGCGGCGAUUCAGAAGGAGAAGUCGCAGGCAGCACGGCUGGCAGCAACGGAGAAGGCGUUGGUGGAAGCAAAGGCGAGGGAGAGGCAAGCUGAGGAGAGCAUGAGAGAGGCGAGCAGGACGGCUGGCAGCGCGAGCAAGAGCGUGCAGAGGCAGGCUGAGGAGAGCAUGAGGGAGCAUGAGAGCAGAAUGGCUGGCAGUGCGAGCAAGAGCGUGCAGAUAUGGCUCAAGAGCACUGCACAGGAUGCCAAGGCCGCAGCAGACAAAGGAGAGGCAGGGGAUAGGGCUCUUCCUCCCAGUGCUUGCACCCUCUCCCGUUUCCUUACCCACUCCUCCCUGUUGCCUCUCUUUUUCAACCAGGCUGCGCGGGAGGCCAAGGCUGCAGCAGAAGAAGCGACAGAGAAGAUGGAGCGCCAGCUGCGUCAGGCUGAGUCAGCGCGGACUGCUGCUGAGCUGGCGGCCCGGCGGGAGGCUGAGCUGGCACGCCAGGCUGGCAUUCGUGCUGACUCAGCAGCGAAAGAUCUCCAGAUGGCAAUGGAGGAGGUCCAGGUGGCACAGUCAGCAGCUGAGGUGGCAGGAAAGAGGGCAGAAGCUGCGGAAAGGAGAGCUAGAGAGGUUGAGAGGGAUCUAGAGGGGUUGAGAUUGAGGGCAGCGGAAGGGGAGGAGGAGGGGAAGGGGAAAGUGGAAGGUAUGGUUAGGGAGAUCGAGGAGCUGAGGGGAGAAGUGGGGAGGAGGAAGGAGGAGGUUGGGGAAACUAUGGCGAUGCUGGCAGUGUGUGAGGUGGAGAGGGAGGGGUGGAGGAGAAAGGAGGGAGAAGCUAGGAGUGAGAUGGAGCGGCUGAAAGGGGAGUUGGAGAGGUUGAGAACGGUGGUGGAGGGGAUGAGAGUGGAGAUGGGGGUGGUGAGGAACGAGAGGGAGGAGAUGAAAGGGGCGGUGAGAGUGAGAGAGGAGGAGAUUUUGCGGCUAAGGGGGAUGCUGGAAGUGGCUAUGAGGGGGAAUCAGGAGAGGGAGAGGGAGAGGGGGAGAGGGGAGGGGAAGAGGGGUGAUGGGCAGGGAGAGGGGGCGGAGGAGAUGGAGGUUGAAGGAGAGGAGGCGGGGAGGAAGCGGAAGAGGGCGAGACUGGGGACGGCUGUUGCUGGGGAAGGUGGGAUUGCAGGGGAGGGUGGUGCUGCUGGGGAAGGUGGGACUGGUGGAGAGGGUGGUGCGGCUGAGGCAGGGUUAACUGGUGCAGGUGGUACUGCGGGAGGUGUUGCAGGGGCGGGGGUGGAAGGGGCGGGUGAUAGUGCUGUGACAGGCGACGCUGCAGCAGCGGGAGAAGGGGCCAAGCGGAGAGGCAGGGGUACAGGAAAACGUACACCUGCUGCUGCUGAUGGUGCUGCCCAGGCAACAGGGCAGGGCAGUGAGAUGGACAUGGAUACAGCCUCGUUCGGAGGUGUGUUUGGUGCUGGAGAGGGGAAGGGAACCACUGAAGGGGAUGAGGCUGAGAGCAGCAAGGGGGGGGAGUCUGACGUGGCGAAGAGGCGGAGGGAGAUUGCGAUGAGGAUGACCAAGAGUGAGUUGAAGGACAGGUUGACGGAUGAGGGGAGGGGCCUGGAUGUGCUGGAUUUGAGGACGCCCACGAAAGGGCAGCUGGUAGACCUGUUUGUGAAGUUUGUUCGAGAGUGA